GCUACGGCGAGUCAGAUGACUGUGGAGAGCUUGGAAGCAGUAGUGGAAGGGUUCAGACUGGGGGGAGUGGGAAGCAACUAAAUAUCAAAUUUAAUGUGUUAGUGCACCAUAGAAAGACAUCAUUAAUGAAUACCGAGGUUUUGGUGCUGUAUUUUGCUAAAAGUGCUGAACUAGCAGAUGUGAGAUCGGAGACUAUUUCUGUUGCACGAGAAAUAACGUCCUUGCAGCUGUGGGAAGAGCUGGUCAACAGACACCCCAGACUGUCUGCACUAAGGAACCAGGUGGUGCUUGCUGUACGUCAGGAAUACGUGGCCCUUGAAGAUCAGCUUCUUAGCCUUCGUUCUGGUGACGAGGUUGCUGUUAUCCCUCCUCUCAGUGGGGGUUAGCUGUUAAUCUCAAGUGCUGC